AGAGUCUCAUUGGCGGAGGAAACAACAGGUGGGGAUCAACCAGGCAACAAAACCGUCGGGGGCUUAAAUAAACGGUGUGAUGCUAUUAUAAAAUCACCACCCAUCGAUGACAGCAGCAUGUUUGUCUGCCACAUAAAUCACCGUUUGUUCUUCCUGAACUAUGCGUAAUUUUAAGAUGCCUGUGGAGUUUGUGCGUAAAAGUGCGCACUUCUCCGUGGCGCACCACGCUCGUUUCCUGUGUUGUCCUCAUCUUCAUCGGAUCUAGAGCUGAGCAGCAGCAGUUCAGCCCUCAAACCGGCUGAAAAAUGGCUGUGCUUGGUCCCAACCGGAGGAGCUCCAAUCCGCGUUUUACGGGGUUAAUAUGCGGCUUUUUGCUCGUUUUUGUCGUUUUCAUCUUUGCUGCCUCCGCGAGUCGUGAUGCUGUUGCGGGAAACAACGAGACGUUGAGAAAUGACUCCCAUCACCAAACUAACUCCACCGCUCACAAAAAGGCUUUCCCCGUCCUGUCCUUCAACUACGACCACGUCAGGAAGCCCUUUGAGAUUUCUCUGUGGAUCCUCCUGGCCCUGCUCAUGAAACUUGGUUUUCACAUUAUUCCCACGGUGUCCAACGUCGUCCCAGAGAGUUGUCUGCUGAUCUUCGUCGGUCUGCUGGUGGGCGGCUUCAUCAAAGCCAUCGGAGAGGAAGCCCCCAUCCUCGACUCCAAGCUCUUCUUCCUCUACCUGCUGCCUCCCAUCAUCCUCGAUGCCGGCUACUUCCUGCCCAUCCGGGCCUUCACAGAGAACAUGGGCACCAUCCUGGUGUUUGCCGUGGUGGGGACCCUGUGGAACGCCUUCUUCAUUGGUGGGACGAUGUACGGCGUGUGUCAGAUUAGAGGAGCCGAGCUGGCCAGCGUCGACCUGUUGUCCUGCCUGCUGUUCGGCUCCAUCAUCUCGGCCGUAGACCCCGUGGCCGUCCUGGCCGUGUUCGAGGAGAUCCACAUCAACGAGCUGCUGCACAUCCUCGUGUUCGGGGAGUCGCUUCUCAACGACGCCGUCACUGUGGUUCUGUAUCACCUGUUCGAGGAGUUUUCCCACGCAGGGACAGUGACAGUGGUCGAUGCCCUCCUCGGUGUGGUCUGUUUCUUCGUGGUUUCGCUGGGAGGCAUCCUGGUGGGAGCCAUUUACGGCCUUCUGGGUGCCUUUACUUCCCGCUUCACCUCUCACACCCGAGUCAUCGAGCCCCUGUUCGUCUUCCUCUACAGCUACAUGGCUUACCUCUCUGCUGAGGUCUUCCAUCUGUCAGGGAUCAUGUCGUUAAUAGCUUGUGGCGUGAUGAUGCGGCCAUACGUGGAAGCCAACAUCUCCCACAAGUCGUACACCACCGUCAAAUAUUUCCUGAAGAUGUGGAGCAGUGUGAGCGAGACACUCAUCUUCAUCUUCCUCGGUGUUUCCACGGUGGCCGGUCCUCACGCCUGGAACUGGACCUUCGUCAUUUCCACCGUGAUCCUCUGUCUGGUAUCGAGAGUGCUGGGAGUCCUUGGCCUCACAUACAUAAUCAAUAAAUUCCGUAUUGUGAAGUUGACCCCGAAGGACCAGUUCAUCGUGGCCUACGGUGGCCUGCGAGGUGCCAUAGCCUUCUCACUCGGGUUCCUGCUGACCAACAGUAAGAUGAAGUACAUGUUCCUCACCGCCAUUAUCACAGUCAUCUUCUUCACCGUCUAUGUGCAGGGAAUGACAAUCAGGCCUCUGGUGGAGCUUCUGGCAGUGAAGAGGAAGAAGGAGAACAAGGGAUCAAUUAAUGAGGAGAUUCACACACAGUUCCUGGAUCAUCUCCUCACAGGAAUUGAAUGCAUCUGUGGUCAUUACGGACAUCAUCACUGGAAAGACAAGCUGAACCGCUUCAAUAAGACCUACGUGAAGAAGUGGCUGAUCGCAGGCGAACGCUCCACCGAGCCUCAGCUCAUCUCCUUCUACAACAAGAUGGAGAUGAAACAGGCCAUGAUGCUGGUGGAGAGCGGGAACGCCGCCAAGCUGCCCACGAUUGUGUCAUCUGUCUCAAUGCAAAACAUUCAGCCAAGAGGGCCGGCGAGACGACGGGCGAUCCCGAGCAUCUCGAAAAGUCGUGAGGAGGAGAUCAGGAAGAUUCUGCGAGGCAACCUGCAGAAGACCAGACAAAGGCUUCGUUCCUACAGCAGACAUGACCUGUUCAUCGACCCGUUUGAGGACAACGUGAGUGAGGUUCGCUUCAGGAGGCAGAGGGUGGAGAUGGAGAGGAGGAUGAGUCACUACCUCACCGUUCCUGCAAACCGGCAGGAAACAACGCCAGUAAGAAAAGUCUGCUUUGAACCAGAACACCAGGUUUAUACUUACGAUGACAGUGAGAGCCCCAGAGGCCCGACAGUUCAGCCAAAUCCCAUCCCUCCUGAUGCCGUCAGCCUGUUGAGCGAAUCGCCCCAGAGGCCCAAUCAGAGCGGCGCACAGAGAGCCAAAGUGCCAGACGAGCAGGAGGAGCAAGACCAACUGAAACUGUCACGCUGCCUUAGUGACCCUGGUCCAAACAAGGAGGAGGAGGGAGACGGCUCCUUCCGCUCGUAAUGAAGCACAUAUUAUUCCCAUUGGAAGCAGAGGAUGAUCUCCUCGUCUGGUCUGUUGCGUUUAAUGAGCGGAGAUCCCUGAAUGAAUUGGAGUCGUAGCAAAGCUUGGUAUUUAUUCAUUUAAGUAUUAUUCUUUUUCAGGUUUUUGUGAUAUGAGAUUAUGCAAAUUGUUCCUUUUUUCCAGCAUUUUUUUCCCCAUAAAUUCAAAAGGAGCUUUAUCAUGUAACACAUUGCCAAAGCAUGCACCUUUGACUGUUCGCUAUUUCAGGAUCUUAUUACAGCCUGAAGUGAGCCAAGUGUCAGCAUUGUGUGUCUUAACUAGCAGACUUGCCUCAAAUAGUAAAAAAAAAAAAAAAAAACAAAGCACUUGAUUUAAGCUUGAAGCACCACAUGGUCGGAGUUACCCCCCCUCAAAAGCACAGUAUAAGGAAUCAAUAAAAUAAAGCUUUAAACCAACAUUAGCCUAUCACUGAUAUAUCGGCUGAUGAGCAACAGGAAACUGCUGUGCAGAAAUACCAAAGAUAUGUUUUAGGGGAUUUAGAAACAGGGUCCACAACGCAAAGUUUGUCUUCCAGAGAGCUCAGACAAGUUUGUUUUUAGCCAUGCUAGUGGCGGUCUCACUCACAGUCCCCAGAGGAUGUAUCUUAAAGGUCCGGUGUGUAACAUUUAGGAGGAUCUAUUGGCAGACACAGAAUGACCUUUUUUAAGGACUUUGAUGAUCCGCUGACUUUACUUCAAGCGCUAACAUGAGGUCAAACACUGUAUCUCAACAACUAUUGAAUAAAUUGCCACAUAAUUUGAUACACACAAUAAUUGCCUGUUAUGAUGAAUUUUUAAUUUUAUUAGGAUGAAAUUAAUGAAAAGGUUGUGGCGUUCCCAUCAGCCUCGGCUGUACUGUGUGUUUAGUGCUAAUUAGCAAAUGUUAGCAUAAAAACACCCUGAACUAAGACAGUGAUGGUAAACAUUUUACCCUCUGGUUAGUGUUAGUGGACUGAUGGACCUUAAGAACUGCUGGGCCUAUAAACAGCCUCACAGAGCCACUAGCAUGGCUUUAGAAGUAAAGGCAGCUGUGUUUUUAUUUGUUGGGCGUCACCAGGAGGAUGAAAAGCUGGUCGUCAUAGAGAAGGGGGAGACCCGAUAGUUUAAAUAACGGCACACAUUUUCAGACAGUCUCUCCUUAAAGACAUUCGUAAUGUUUCACUUGGUUUGUCACCUCUUCACAACUGGUGAAUCACAGCGUGAAAUGUGUGUGAGUGUCGGAAAGUUUCCAGAAGUCAGGCGACGUCGGGUGAGGGAACGUCUGACAAACAGUCCUGAAGAAGUACACUGGUGCCUUUUGGCCUUUUUAAAUGUAAAUGUUGAAUAUCAGUAUCGGAAUCUGCCUCAAAAAUAUCGAUCGGGCUAUAUCAUUAACUAUAACAAAAUUACAAGAGGGUAUAACUAGAACAUGUUUUGCACGGCUAAAAGUGUCCUGGUGAAUUAGAAAGCACAAAUCUGGUGAUCCAAGAAGGUUAAAAUAUCGUAAAAAAACUCAAGAAUAAGCUGCAAAUGUUUGUUUUGUGUCUGUGAACAAGCUUAGCACUGUAUUUAACGUUGCUGCAUGACUGAUCCAUGUUAUUCUCAGGGACUGCAACAUGGCACAGUAUUAAGAGAUGCCCUCUGCAGAAAGAAAAUGAGUGUUUCUGUCCACAAUGUGCUCUACGUGUGCUCUAUUCAUGGUGUUUGGAAGUGCUGCAGAGCCUCAGUAACAUUCCAGCAGUAAUCGAGUUUGUUGACGUUUUUUUGUGACGAAGCUCUACGUGUCUGUGUUACUUGUAACUGAGCAUGCUUUGAGACCUUUUGAUUGGGAGGUUAAACAAGUGUAUCGCCUUUUCAUAUCUGCACUUAACAGCACUGAACUGCCUGAGGGUUUUCUGCCUGCACAUGUUUGCCUUAAAAUGUAUUUUCUUUCUGUGUGUUUGCCAGUUGAAGUAUUUUUAUAUAGAGAGGGAAAAAAAAGUCAUCUUAAAUAUCUGUAAAAAAAAAAAAAGAAGGAAAGCUUUAAUUCUUGUCUGAAAUAAAGGUAUGUCAUUGCCUAA